UACUCCACUAUGCUUUCUUCACUAAUAUGAUCCAACUUUUCCCCUUAAUCUGGGUGCUGAACUCUUCUUAUCCUUGGUUGUUGAAGGUGAAAGAAACUCAGGGUCUCUUGGUUACGGUGUUAAACCUUUUUUUUUUGUGGAUUUAUUUGCCCGAGGGAAAAAGGUUGUUUUCUUUCAACUGGAUCAUCUGGGCCCUUUUGAUAUUUUGACAAACUUCACUGGGUAUUGCUUCAAAAUUAUAGUUUUUUCGCCUUUUGGAUUUGACGGGUUCAUUUUUUUGGGUAAAAAAAAGGGGUUGUUUACUUCUGUCAUUUUUUAUUUAAAGAUUAUUUUGAACUGAGAUUUUCAUGCUUGGUCCAAGACAAUGGAGAUGUUUAUGGUCAGAAUUUUAUUUCUUUAGCAUUGGAAGCUAUAGCCAAUAUGAAGAACAUUCUCAAGAAGCUGCAUGUAUCUAAUCAAUCUGAAGAUAUUGAAGGGUCGUCUUCAUCAAGAAGCAACAAGAAGUCCAGUGAUGAUGUAUCAUCGUCUCCUCAUAGCCCUGAGAAUAAUAAUAAUAGUAAUAAUAACAAAUCAUUAUCUGCUCUUUCUAGUUGGUUGAACUCAGUAGCUAAUAGGAAAAGUCCAAGUCCACCAUCUUCUUCAAAUUUGAAGAAAGGGGAAACUAUGGAACCUAGUGAUUCAGUUAGUACUAGUGGUUCAAAGGCUGCUUUGGAUACAGGAAAGGGCAAUUCUGGGUCUAGCAACACUAGGGAUCCUGAUGUAGAAGAGGAGUAUUAUCAGAUACAAUUGGCUAUGGAGUUGAGUGCUAGGGAGGAUCCUGAAGCUGCUCAGAUUGAGGCUGUUAAGCAAAUUAGUCUAAGCUCUUGUGGUCCUGAGAAUACUCCAGCUGAAGUUGUUGCAUAUAGAUAUUGGAAUUAUAAUUCUCUUAAUUAUGAUGACAAGAUCCUGGAUGGCUUUUAUGACCUGUAUGGAAUUCUAACUGGAUCUGCUUCGGAAGGAAUGCCUUCACUCCUUGAUUUGCAAGGGACAUCGGUGGCAGACAAUGUCUCUUGGGAAGCAGUUUUGGUCAAUAGAGAUUCUGAUGCAAAUUUGUUGAAACUUGAACGAAAAGCACUAGAGAUGACUGCAAAGUUAAGGUCAGAAUCUUUGGCUUUUGUAAGCAGCAAUCUAGUGCAAAAGCUUGCAGUUUUAGUUUCUGAAUAUAUGGGUGGACCAGUUGUGGAUCCUGACUGUAUGUCACGAGCCUGGCGAAGUCUUAGUUACAGUCUAAAAUCUACCCUUGACUGCAUGGUUUUGCCACUUGGUUCUUUAACAAUCGGUUUGGCUCGUCAUCGUGCAUUGUUAUUCAAGGUUUUGGCUGAUAGUGUUGGCAUUCCUUGCCGGUUGGUGAAAGGGCAACAAUAUACAGGUUCUGAUGAUGUGGCAAUGAACUUUGUAAAGAUUGAUGAUGGAAGGGAAUACAUUGUUGACCUAAUGGCAGAUCCUGGCACACUUAUUCCUUCUGAUGCAGAUGGAUCUCAUGUGGAAUACGAUGAUUCUUUCUUUUCCUCCGGUCCUUUGUCUCGAGACAUUGAUUCAUCCCAUAUGGCCUCUUCUACCAGUGGGGUUGGCAGUUCACUUGAAGAUGGAAAAGGAGAUUUUAGUGCUUGUUUAAACUUGUCUGGAGCAACUAGUAGUGGGGAGCAAUCAAAGGAAUCUACGGGUGAUUUUAAAACCCCAUCUAGCAUGGAGAAGGAACCUGUGCGAGAGCUUCCAAACAGACCUAUUUAUCCUUAUGUGCAUGCAAGAUCUCCUUCCUGGACAGAAGGUAUUAGCUCCCCUGCUGUACGUAGGAUGCAGGUGAAAGAUGUCUCACAGUAUGUGAUUGAUGUUGCCAAGGAGAAUCCGCAGUUAGCUCAAAAACUUCAUGAUGUGUUACUUGAGAGUGGUGUUGUUGUUCCUCCUAACUUAUUUACUGGGGUUUAUUCUGAGCAGUUAGAUACAUCAAAUAUUGAAGUGAGGUUGCCAGUUGAAAUUAAGGAUGAAAAUGGAAAGGGCACUGGACCUCACAAUAGUAAGAACCAAAAUGAUUUUAGACCUUCUCAUUGCUUGCCUCCUCUACCCCAUCAGAAAGUACAUGCCAAAGCAAGCUCUCCUCAUGACCAACCUGAACAUCUUAAAUCUGUGGAAGGCCUAAGGGUCACUUGUCCAGUUGAUACAAGGGAAGUCAUUGGACCACCUGUAUUGUCACAAUCUGAAGCGGCUUCUAUUCAGUAUGCCACAAGUGUUCCAGUUGCUGCAGCAGCAGCUGCUGCUGCUGUUGCAUCUUCAAUGGUAGUCACUGCAAAAAGAUUGGGCACAGAUUCAAAUGUUGAACUUCCUGUAGCAGCUGCUGCAAUGGCAGCUACUAGCGCAGCUGUGAUGAAGCAGACUGAUUGUAAUGAUGGAGAUGCUAACUUGGCUGGCUGUGAGCAUAUUAGUAAAAGGGGGCAAGAUGCCUGGAGGGUAAAUUCUGAAGGCGAGAGAAUGUCAGAUAAAUCAGCUGGUAAUGAUAGUUCAAAGUCCGAUAAUGCUCUUGAUGGUGUUGCAGAAUGUGAGAUACCUUGGGAGGAAAUCACCUUGGGUGAACGAAUUGGACUUGGAUCAUAUGGUGAGGUUUAUCGUGGAGAAUGGCAUGGGACUGAAGUUGCUGUAAAGAAGUUCCUGGAUCAAGAUAUCUCUGGGGAACCACUUGAAGAAUACAAAAGUGAGGUCCUCAUCAUGAAAAAACUCAGACAUCCCAAUGUUGUUCUCUUCAUGGGAGCUGUAACUCGUCCUCCAAACCUUUCAAUUGUAACAGAAUUUCUUCAUAGAGGUAGUUUGUAUAGGUUAAUUCACCGACCAAACAAUCAAUUGGAUGAGCGGAGGCGUUUGAGGAUGGCUCUUGAUACGGCUCGGGGAAUGAAUUACUUGCACAAUUGCACUCCAAUGAUAGUACACCGUGAUUUGAAGUCCCCAAAUCUUUUAGUAGACAGAAAUUGGGUUGUAAAGGUCUGUGAUUUUGGUUUAUCACGGAUGAAGCACAGCACAUAUCUAUCAUCAAUGUCGACUGCAGGAACGGCUGAGUGGAUGGCUCCGGAAGUACUACGAAAUGAACCUUCCGAUGAGAAGUGUGAUGUUUAUAGCUUUGGAGUUAUCUUAUGGGAGCUCUCUACCCUGCAACAACCAUGGAAAGGAAUGAACCCGAUGCAAGUUGUUGGUGCUGUAGGAUUUCAGCAUCGUCGUCUCGAUAUUCCAGAUGACAUUGAUCCUGCCAUUGCAGAAAUUAUUAGAAAGUGCUGGCACACAGACCCAAAAUUGAGGCCGACAUUUGCAGAAAUUAUGGCUGCUUUGAAGCCAUUGCUAAAGCCUAUAACAAAUGCACAGGUACCUAGAUCAGCUAUAUCUUUGAGUAAGGGCCAUGAGAGAGGUAAGCCAUGAAAGUGUUGUCGACGUCAGUGUAUUCUUGUUUUAUCGAUUUGCUGAUAGUUCGGAUGAGAUAUGAUUGAAGAUUGCACAUCGUAAUACUCCCAUUUGGGAAUGAUGUGAUUCUUUUUGCCCAUUUUCCUUCAUGCUUUAUUGUGUUACCCUUUUUUGGGGGGGUCAGCGAUGCAUUGUGCAUCUGUUUGUAAAAAAAAUGUUGUAAUUAAUGUUUUGCCAAAUGAUAUGUGAACUGAAGAAAUCAUGUAUACUUAAUCAUUUUUAGGUUGUGAACAGUGAUGGUAAGCAAGGGUGUAAAUGUAUAUAUACACACAUACAUCUAUAUCAAUACGAGUGACUUAAAUUCUACUUUUAGUAAAAA